GUAAACUCUUCUUCGAUGUGGUUUGCAGUUGUUAUCUCUGUAACCAAAGGUGUGAUAUUUUCCGCAAGAGGUGAUAUUGGAACUGCAACUAUUGUUCUCAGGCAAAAUACCUCAGUGGAUAAACCAGAAGAAGCAACAAUCAUAGAGAUGAAUGAGCCGGUUUCUUUGACAUUCGCAUUGAGGUACAUGAACUCAUUUACAAAGGCUACUCCAUUGUCAAGUACUGUGACAAUCAGCUUGUCUUCGGAAUUGCCAGUUGUGGUUGAGUACAAGAUAGAUGAGAUGGGCUAUAUUAGGUUAUAUUUGGCACCCAAGAUUGAAUAGGAUGAAGAUGAGAGUAAACCAGAAGUUUAAUUUGAUUGUGGUAUGGAUUUGGUUGUCUUGGUUUAGUGAAAUGGGGCAUUCAUGUUUGUGCUAUUAGCGCUUCCAAGUUCCAUCAGAGUUCUAUUUUGAGUUUUAACUUGGUAGCUAGACAUCAAGUAGUUUAGUAUCGAUGGAUGAUAA